AGAAGUAGCAGCGCGCGAGUCGAGUCUCUCGGAAGUGCGUUUCGGAGUGUAGUGAGUCGAGUCGCGGGAGUUGCAGAACAUAGGAAAACAGAAAAGUGUAAAACAUUCGUUUGAACAAAACAAAACGUGUUUGAACGUGUCGAUACCGAGUUUCGGUUCGGUCGAAAGACGGAAUAUUUUUUGUGGCGCCUACUUAGACUAGAACGUCAUUGUCGUGACACCGUGCGCGAAAGAAGAUACGAAAAUUGAUUCCAUCGCGCUGUACCGUGGCUCGUCGUUGUUCGCAGCGAUGGCUCCAAGGCGUUCGGUUGGUGGUGGUGGAUCGGUGGCCGUAGGCGGAGGACAGGUGCAGAGUCAGCAGCAAUUGCAUCAGCAGACGACUGCUUCGCUGGUGGCCAACACCGGCAGCAGUCUGUACGAUCCAUUCGGCUGGGGUGGCGCAUCCGGUGACUCGGAUCACGGUUUCGAGUCGUCCCAUUCGGCCGACGGUUCCGGCUCGGAGGGCGCCAACAUGACCCGCUGCUGCGUCCCGGUCGGCGAGUGCCUGAAGCCCAAGACCGGCAACCUGCUGGCCGACUUCGGUGCGAUGAUCAACGUGGAGGAUCUGCGGGAUUGCGUGCGCGUGCUGUGCAGCAACGACAGCUGCACCGUCGGCCAGUACAUGCACCGGGAGUGUUUCGAGCACUGGGAGGACGAGAUCCUGGGCUAUCUGAAGUCGAUCGGGCGCGCCCGCUCGUGGUCGGACAAGCAGCGCCAGCAGAACCUCUGGACGAAGAAGGGCUACGAUCUGGUGUACAAGAUGUGCGGCUGCAAGUGCGGCCGGGGACAUCUGAAGAAGGAUCUCGACUGGAACGCACCCACCACGGCCAGCAUGUUCGGACGGGCUCUGGUAGGUUCCGGAGGAGGAGGCGGCGUUGGUGGGGCCGGCAACGGAGGCAAUUCCCUUGGGCCGAUCGGUUCCGGGGAGGACGAGAGUAUGAAGAAAAAGAAGAAAAAGAAUCGCCACAACCAGAAACCGGCGGCGGCUCUGUUGGCUAUUUCGACCAACGCUAAUUUGGGAAGUACGACCAGCAGCGCCAACAGUAGCGCCACCAACAGCCCUAACAAUCAGAUGCAGAUGGUCCAGCAACAACAACACCAUCUUCACCAGCAGCAGCAGCAACAUGGUGGUCCGAAUCACCAGCAGCAACCGGCCGGGGGAGUCACCACGAAUGCCCUCUCGGUGCUGAGCAAUCUGAAGAUAUCGGACCAUUUUGCCACCUGUCUGCAACUGAGCGGCAUCAACCCGAACGGCCUCAUCAACAACCACGUCAUCGCGAUGUCCACCGCGGCCGCCGUCGCUACGGCGCGCCUCCGGGCGAACAGCCUGUCGUCGAUCAGCAACGGCUCGAGCACGCCGCCGGCGUCGGCCUCAUCGAUCGGUGGUUCGGAGCAGUCCAUCUCGCCGAUCCACAACCAGCCACCGAGCCCGGCAAGCAUCGCCAAGUUGCCGCUGACACCGAAGUCGAAGGUGGAACUUUACUCGGAGCGUGUUCGUGCCACAUCGGGUGCCAACGGGAUCUUCUCGCGUCGUUUGGACUUCUCGUCGUUCAACGUGCUGCCGCGGCAGCGGAUAAACUCCUACUCGAUCAAGAUCGAGGACGAAGGCAACCACGGUAACGAUGAGACGCGCCUGUUUAUUCUGUCCUCCCUUGCCGCACAGCACAAGUGCCGCGUCGCCUGUGUGCUCUGCGAGGAACCGAUGCUAGUCUUCGACCGCUAUCCACUGGUCGACGGAACAUUCUUCCUCAGCCCGAAACAACACGCCAAAGGAUGCAUUGAGGUGAAGUACGAGAACCGGGUCCAGUAUCUGACGUCUGUUUGCUUGAAGUGCUUGCAAGGCGUCGAACCGAACCGCACCGUACGAUGCAGGUUCUGUGUUAAAAAAUGGGAUGGUUCUUCGCUGGUGCUCGGAACCAUGUACACGUACGACAUAUUUGCAGCAAUGCCAUGCUGCACAGAGCGAUUGAAGUGUAACACAUGCUUCAAGCUGCUGCUGCAUCCUAACCAGCGGUUGAACUUCUACAGUGACUACAGCCGCAGCGUACCGUGUCCGUAUUGUACCGCGCAGGACAACCACUUCGUUAAGCCACUGUCCUACUGCUACACUAAGCAGCCACACCAGUUGUUCCAGCAGUGCGGCUUCGCGCCGGAUGCGUCCGGUCGUCAGGAGCAACAGUCACCAUUCAACGGAUCGUCCGCCUCGUGCGCUACGUCGACGAUCGCUGCCAGUGUCGCCGAGAGAGCGGCCGUCGAUUCGGCGGCCAUGAACUCCUUCAUUCAGGAGCUUCGUCUGCUCAGCAACAGCAGCACGAUCAGCAGCAUCAGCAGCACGAGCACCGAUUCCGGCUUCUCGACUUCCUACUGUGGAGACUCCAACGUGGGCAGCGGCCUGGCCCCUGCCAACACCCUCGCCAACAGCAACAACUUCGACCUCCAGCAACUACAAUUUCACCUACCGAUGAGCGGAACAUCCAACAUUCAUCAGCAGACGAGUUCAAAGCAGUUGGGUCCGGCGGGUUCCUCUGUGUUGCCAGCCGCAGUCUGGGGUAACAAAUCGCUCUGGGGACCAGCACCACCACCGUCACCACCAACGGCAACAGCAAUUACAUCAGCGUUGGUGAGUCCAGCAGCAGCAGCAGCGCCAAUGAAAUCGCCACCGGUUCUUCCUAGCGUAGCAAGUAAGGAAUUGUACUCUCCCUGGACAACGCCUACUGCUUCGGCAGGAUCCGUUCAGUCUCCCCUCGGGAUGAAUAAUGUAUACCACCACCUUCCUGCACCAAUCAUUACCUCGUCGCAAAUGCUGACACCACCUUCCCCGUUGGUCUCGAGCAACACUUCCACAAUUCCCUCCAAACCAUCCUCCUCACUCCAUGGCAACAAUGAUACGGGCAACAUCUGGGAAAGUAAACUAGGUCUGAUCGAUGCCCAGCAGCAGCACGGCCUUGUUGAACCGUUCGGGUCUAUCUGGCAGGCAACGGGAGAUGCUUCCGUUACCAACCCCCAGCAGACAUCUAUUACCGGAAACGGCAACAAUGACCAUGGCGCUUGGCAAUGCGAUGUACCUUCAAGUGGCAGCAAGGCAAUGCCAUCGGCAGCAGCAGCAGCAGCAGCCAGAUCUCAGUUCGUGCGUCCGCAGGACACUCUGUGCGACGGACUUGCGAUCGACACUACACCAAAGCUUAGUUCCCUCUGGACAGCUACGCCGUGGUCCACUGCAGGCAGUGUAACUGAGACCUCUGGCGGAAGCAGCAGCGUCCUGCGAUCGCUACGCAUGGGCAGCUCACCAGUCAAGCCUUCGGGCAAUGACGCUGGCCACUGUGUCAGUCAGAAUGAUUUUGUCGGCGGUGGGUUUGCUUCCGGCGGAACAACCACCGCUAUGCCAACCAACAACUCGUCAUCCAUGGCCAUGUUUUCGGAAGAGGUCACGAGUUAUUGGAGUAUGUUUAAUUAG